GCUGAGGAGCUUAGGGGCGGGGUGGGAAGGAGGACCGGCCAACCCCGGGGUGUGGGACAGAGUGCGUGUGUGUGGUGUGUCCGCAAGAGAAGGAAGGUGGCGAAGGGAGGAGAGCCCGAGUGGGUGGAGGGAGGGGACGGGAGGGAGGAGAAAAAGGUGGGAGGAGGGCAAGGUGGGAGGGUGGCGGCUCACUCAGGACCCGGCGGGGGCAGCGCGAUGAGGCGGGUGACCCUGUUCCUUAACGGCAGCCCCAAGAACGGGAAGGUAGUUGCUGUAUAUGGAACUUUAUCCGAUUUGCUUUCUGUGGCCAGCAGUAAACUCGGCAUCAAAGCCACCAGUGUGUAUAAUGGGAAAGGUGGACUGAUUGAUGAUAUUGCUUUGAUCAGGGAUGAUGAUGUUUUGUUUGUGUGUGAAGGAGAGCCAUUUAUUGAUCCUCAGACAGAUUCUAAACCACCUGAAGGAUUGUCAGGAUCCCACACAGACUGGCUAACAUUAAAUGUUGGAGGGCGGUACUUUACAACUACACGGAGCACUUUAGUGAAUAAAGAACCCGACAGUAUGCUGGCCCACAUGUUCAAGGACAAAGGUGUCUGGGGAAAUAAGCAAGAUCAUAGAGGAGCUUUCUUAAUUGACCGGAGUCCUGAGUACUUUGAACCCAUUUUGAACUACUUGCGUCAUGGACAGCUCAUUGUAAAUGAUGGCAUUAAUUUAUUGGGUGUGUUAGAAGAAGCCAGAUUUUUUGGUAUUGACUCACUGAUUGAACACCUAGAAGUGGCAAUAAAGAAUUCUCAACCACCAGAGGAUCAUUCACCAAUAUCCCGAAAGGAAUUUGUCCGAUUUCUGCUAGCAACUCCAACCAAGUCAGAAUUGCGUUGCCAGGGCUUGAACUUCAGUGGUGCUGAUCUUUCUCGUUUGGACCUUCGAUACAUUAACUUCAAAAUGGCCAAUUUAAGCCGCUGCAAUCUUGCACAUGCAAAUCUUUGCUGUGCAAAUCUUGAACGAGCUGAUCUCUCUGGAUCAGUGCUUGACUGUGCCAAUCUCCAGGGAGUCAAGAUGCUCUGUUCUAAUGCAGAAGGAGCAUCCCUGAAACUGUGUAAUUUUGAGGAUCCUUCUGGUCUUAAAGCCAAUUUAGAAGGUGCUAAUCUGAAAGGUGUGGAUAUGGAAGGAAGUCAAAUGACAGGGAUUAACCUGCGAGUUGCUACCUUAAAAAAUGCAAAGUUGAAGAACUGUAACCUCAGAGGAGCAACCCUAGCAGGAACUGAUUUAGAGAAUUGUGAUCUGUCUGGGUGUGACCUCCAAGAAGCCAACCUGAGAGGUUCCAACGUGAAGGGAGCUAUAUUUGAAGAGAUGCUGACGCCACUGCACAUGUCACAAAGUGUCAGAUGAGAAUUCCAGGGGCUGGAGGAAGAGGUCCAAGAUGAAAAAUGUUUUCCUUAUCACUUUUCUUUCUCCACCCACUCAGUCGUCUAGAAGAAACAACACUGUAAGGGAAUUUAAAAAAAGCAGUUAGAGGAUUAUGCUAGUUCUCAGCGGUGCAUAAGGGAAAAAAACUGACUUUUUUUCCACAUUCUAACAGAAAAGCACUCAUUUCAUAGAUGUAGGGAAACUAGAUUAUAUUGUUGCCUUUUGAAUGGGGUACGGGGAUUUGCCUGGUUUUAUAACCAGGAAUAGUAUCUAUUCUAUUUGCUUUUAAAUAGGCAUGAUGUGGAAAUACCAUCUUGGUUUGAGAUGCUUAAUUUAUGAAAAGCACAACAUAUGCAAUUAUAUUUAUUGACUACCUAGAUGCAGUAUGGAUAUUUAAAUUGUUAAACUUUAUGAAGACUUUGAAAAGGUUGUUCAGGUUUAUCAAUAGCUUUAGUGAUGGCUCCCCUCUUUACCUGUCACACCGUAUGAAUAUGGUGAGAUCAGACUUCCUAAGACUCUCUUUUCAGGUUCAUUUUUAUGAUGUUUAUUUUUUAGAACGAAACAGUAGCUAAAUUAAAGAAAUAUCCAGUUCUUAGAGUGGAAAGAAAGACAUCAUUGUACAUCACUGUCACUCUGUAGGUACAGUGGAACGAACGUUUCAGAUGGAAGAAUAAUUUAUCUACAGCUACAACUUUUAAAUGAGGAUUUCUCAGAAUUUUAUUCUAGGCAAGUUCCACUCAUCCUCAGACCAGGCAAUUCUAUCUAAUUUACAUACACUACUAGCCUAGUUUUCUCCUAUACAAUCAACAGAAGCAUAGGCAGAUGCUUCCAAAAAAAACCAAGGUGCAUGCAUCAUUAAUAUUCAUUUAAUUCAAAUGCCAAAUAGCUUAAACAGGGCCGGCUUAGAGACAGGUAUUAAAUCUAAAUCCACUACGAAGCUCUAAAAUGUGAGUGAAUAUGGCAGAGUUGCCUUUCAGAAGGCAACAUAAUUUCGGCUAGACCCCUACAACGGGGAAUGAGGAAUGUUAACCUGACAGUUUGAUUAUGGCCACCAAAAAAAGACAGACAUUUGGCUGGUCCAAGAUGUUACACCAGUCAGUCAGCACCUGUGGUUCUUUUAUUCAUAUUUUCUGUUUUGUUUUUAACCAAUUUUAAUCCCAUUUUCUCGAGUCAUUAUCUUGCUGCAGAAAUAGGGCCCGUACCUCCCUACCAGUAACCUGGUGUCCUUAUGUCUACCCGAAGAGCAGGGAUAUGAGCUGUGUCCAAAUGGGUUCUGAAUUCUGCAGACUCUCAUGAACUUGAGGCAACGAUCCAUUAAAAACCACUUUUGUCUCCUUUGGGAGAAUGACAUCUCUUCAGUAUUUACGUAGCUUAUUCUUCUAUAUCUACAUAUGCAAAGCUUUCCUUAACAGAAAAGGUACAUAUGCAUAGCUGGAAGGAGAUCGGACCUUUAAAGUGAAGGAAAGCGACUUCAGAAAUGAAUUAUUUUCUUUGCUUUAUUAUUUUUACCAAGACAGAGAAGUAUUGUAUUGAGAGAUAUCUAUUUUCAUAAUCAAUAUGUGCCUAAAUUAUAUUUAAAUCAUUUCACUCUGUACUAUAUUUUCAGUAAUUAUAGAAUGUGUUAUUCAUUUACUUAAAGGUACCUCUGUAGACAUAACCUAAAACUGCAGAAGGAUCUGAAAGAUCUAAACACAGUGUGCUCUAGUAGAAGCUGCAAAAUUUAGAUCUAAUGUAUUCUGCAUUAAUAAACAAUAUAAAAUGUUGAAAAGGCGUUUUUUUUCUCUUGCUUUUGAAAAUCAGCACUUUCUGUAUUUUACUUACAUUUCUUCAAUAUGUGUUGACCAGCCCUGAGGGUCUGGGUAGAAAAGGAAAUACAGCAUAACAAUUGUUAUGGAUUAGUCUCUUUAAGUACCAUUAAAGUAAAUUCAUUGCUUUAAA